AUGGAGGAAUCCUCGACAGUUGACGAUUAUACUCGACAUCACACUCCGCCGCCUCAGCCUAUUAUUGAUGCUGCCGUCGUCGUUGCUCGCGCUGGCCAGGUGGAGGAGCUUGCCAGCCUGAUCAGAGAUCACCCCAACCUUGCACAUUCCACCUACGUGCACUGGGCAGCCCUAGAAGGCAAAGGAGGCAUUCCUAUAUACCAGUUGCUAAUAGACGGCGGCUGCGACAUCGAUGCUUCGUUUGAGUUCAUUGGCUCUCCUCUGAUAAACGCCAUCUACCAUAACAAAUUCCCGCUGGCUCAGCAUCUACUGAGCCUGGGGGCCAACCCGAAUAUCAACACCAGGGGUCUCAAUUUGGGCCCCUUAGGGGUUGCCACACGCUUCAGACCUGGCUUUGUGGUUCACCUCCUUGAUGCCGGGGUAGAUAUUCAAAAUACAGGAGCACUCCAUAUUGCGGCAAUCAAAGGCGACAUAGAAACCAUGCAGCUACUAUUGGACAGAGGAGCCAAAGUCAAUGAGGUGACCAAAUAUCCAUUUUACGCCAUGGUUGGAUUCCACGGAAGAUGCCCUCCUCUGCACUGGGCCAUUCAGGGUGGCCAUCUCGAGGCAGUGACGUUACUCUUACAGUACCCGGUUCGCUUAGAUAUCGCGGACGAGGAUGGCUUGACAGCGAUUGACCGGGCCAAGGCACGAGGCUUUGGAGCUGCUAAGGAUGCUUUGAGGAUAUAUAAGGAUACAUCUAUCGCGCGUGCUGCCCUGUGA